UCACUGUCAAGUCGCCGCCCUCCGUUUGAGGAUGGCGGACGCAGGCGCGUCUUUUCUGCUGGGUCGUUAGGGGACUUCUUCGCCCCAGAGGGCGCGCUUGCCUUACUCAGGAAGACAAGCUGGCCGGGUAAAUAGGCAGCGGCUGUUGGGGAAGAGGAGAGAAAUCACAGCGCGGCUCCCGCUCAAGGUCACUUCGGGCGGCCCAAAGCCGGUGGCGUUAACGCCCGUCGCUGAAGGUAGGCGGCUGUCGGCCACCGACACAGCACCUAGAGAAGAGGGAAAGGCAGCGCUUACUGAGCCGUUAUGCUCUGAGGCCUACUGAAGUGUUGUAUCAUUCUGAUCUCCAUAGAAGAAAACUUAUUCCUUGGUUUGAAAGGGAAUUUUUAAAAAAUGUAUCCAGUUCCUGGUUCCAUGCAUGGAGUAGAAGGAGAUAAUGGACAUCCUAGGAAACUUAUCUCUUUCCUUUUUGUUUUUGGCAUUACUUUUCUAUGUGCUGGAUUUCUGCUUUCAAUAUUUGUGUUGCAGACAUGUCCAAAUGGAGCCUUUGGUGACUGUAAAGGAGCCCUUAAAAUCAUUGGGCCUCUGCUUGCUGUUGCUGGACUAGUCUGUAUAAUUCUGGCACAAUCAAGAGCUAAAGGCUACCUCAGAGAGGUGCAAUUGCAAGAUGACCAGGUGUAUGGGUUUGUUUUUUGCCGAGGGAACUGCCAGUUUGCUCAGUUCCUUGUCUUUGGUUUUUUAUUUUUAACUAGUGGGAUGCUUAUUAGCGUCCUUGGCAUUUGGAUUCCUGGAUGUAGCCCAGGAUGGCACUACCAGCAGUUUAACCAUAGCAAUACUUCUAAUGUUGAACUCCAAGAUUGUGGGUUCCAUUCUGUUCAAACCAUGGGACCUUUGAUCGUGCUGAUUGGAUUAUGUUUCUUUGUGAUAGCUCACAUUAAAAAGAAACAAAACAUAAAUCUCGUCCAUGAAUCUUCUGUCAAUGAAGAAGAGCAACUGAAUCCUGAAUCAUUUCAAGUUACAGUGGGUGAUACUGUAAUGAUAUUCCCCCCUCCGCCACCACCUUAUUUUGCUGACUGUCCUCUGCAAACAAUAACUCCUAGCCUGGUGACAAGUGAUUUGCCUUUAGGUGAAAAUCCUCCACCAUAUCACAGCACUUUUAUUAACUGAGCACAGAAUGCUGAUCGGGCCCAGAUGCUUACAGAGGGAAUGAGUUACUAUAUACAAUGUGAGGAUGUGAUUCACCUUCUGAGACUUCGUCUGCCCUCUCUCAUCCCCCUGAACCAUCUCAAAAAUAAGAGGAAACAACUAACUGUAAAUAAUGAAUGUGUCUUGUUUUCCUCUCCUUGCCAAAAUGAUCCACUGCCACCUGCUUAUCACCAGCUGUAAGAAAUACUCAGUUGAAGAAAAAUGAAAGGGAGGGGAGGUGUACAAAGAGAAAAAGAGAGAUAACUAUGGGACUGCAGGAUGAGCAUAAUCUGGGAGAGAGAUGGAGGAGCCUUGAGUCAGCAAGGAUAACAGGAAGCCCCACAGCCAAGACAGCUGAAGCUGCUGCAGUAGAAGGCCUGCUGAGCAAACUGUCAACCUAAGGCAAGGCAAGCCAUGGUUUCCAGAGAGGUACUUGGGACAGGAAGGACUUUCAACACCUCUCCAGUUGGCGCCCUGUAUGUAAUUGGAAUACACAAAGCAAGGUCAGCUACCAUCUGGACAUAAUGCUAGGACACAGGCCAAUGACAGGGAAGAGAAAUUCCGAAGGCUUUGCAUUUCUUUUACCUUUUUUGUCUGGCUGUUAACAAACUCAAAAGUAAAGACACUGGAGACUUCAGAUUUUUGUGUGGAGUAUUUUUUUUGGGGGGGGGGCUCAUGGUAACAGUAUGAAACUACAUGUCCAAUUUUAAUUUAUUAAACAUUGUAGUACAGUGUAUGUGUAAUAUUUAAUUGGUGUGACAAAUGGCAAGUUUCAGCCUAUAGAAAUAAGGCUGAGGGCAAACAGAAGUAAGUACUUUACACAGUGUAUAAUUAACUUGUGGGCUUCACUGUCCCAGGAUGAGGUGAUAGCCACCUCUUAAAAUGAAUUUUUAAAAGGAUUGGACAAAUUAUGAAGGAUAAAACCUCAUCAUCUGCCAGCCAUAAUAGCGAAGAAGCCUCCAUAAUCAGAUGCUGCAUAACUACAAUAAAUUUAGGAGGUUGGGGGGUAUUGCAUCCAUACUCUGCCUGUGGGCUUCCCAGAAGCAUUUGGCACACCACUUUUGGAAAUAGUAUGCUUUGCUGUGAUCUAGCAGAACUGUUCUUUGGAGAUGCAAAAUUAAUAUUAUUUUGUUGAAUUUCAUGACUACCCUUCACCCCAACAUCCAAGAACAAGUUACAACAACAAAAUAUUACAAUCAGUUAAAACAAUCUACAGAACUCUUGUUAUAGUCUAGCUCUGGGGCCUAUUUGUAGCUUUCUCCAGCAACAGAAAUUUAAACAGACGGCUGGUCUUGUGCUGUUUCUCCUCUGUGUAGUUUAAUCUGUAUUGUCUAAGUGUCAGAGCUCCACCAAAGAGCCGAUUAAAAAACAAUUCUACAAAUAUUUUGACUGUU